CACCUCCUCCUACAUGUGUGGGAGGGAACGACUCCCAUAUUUCAUUCCUCUCCUCAUCCACGACUCCACGCGUCUUCUUCAUCUUCAGUGGAUCCCACCUACCUACACCCAACAACUAGUUUCCCAAAAUACCUUCCAUCCACCUAUAAAUUCCCCAAAUCAUAUACACCAAAUCUAUCGCACUUCAUCGCACAUCCAUGGCGCCGGAGAAUUUCAACUCUAAUGGCAAUGCAUCUAGUUUGCCAUGGGAGAAUGGUUCUCUUGAUUCCCUGUCUCUCGCGAACUCCAAGAAAGCUGUAAUGGAAAUUAUCGAACAGCCUCUUGUUCAGGGGAUUGAAGAUCAUCUUGUGGAGUUUUCCGAAGCCAUGAGAACUGUUAGCAAGGCUUUAAGAAGAGCAGCAGAGGGGAAAGCUUCUGCUCAAGCUGAAGCAUCAGAAUGGAAACGAAAAUAUGAACUUGAAAGACAACGGAAUUUGCAGUUGGAAAAUAAAGUUCCAGCAUCUGUAGACCUCAAGGAUAACUUUCCUGAAAAAAAAGUAGAAAACUUUAAACGAAUGGAUGAACAAUCGCGAAUACAUAGUGGCAAAAACGGAAUUUACUCUCAUGAGGUUCUUCGUGACAAUGAGAAUAACUCUUAUUCCAAUAUUCAUAGCAAACUUAUACGCAAGGCAUCAUUCAAGCUACAUUGGUGUUGUAAAGGUGAAAAGAAUGAUCAACAUAAGCAUGAUGUUGUCUCCUUUGAAAAGGGGAAUAUAACAACAGCAGAAAGAAGUAGUAAACAGAUUUGUUUGAAGUGGGAAUCUCCUCCACAAACAGUGCUCAUUUUGACAAAACCAAAUUCAGUUUCUGUUAAAUUUCUUUGUGCAGAAAUGAUCAGGUGGUUGAAGGAGAAGAAAUUAAAUAUAUAUGUGGAACCAAGAGUAAGAACAGAUCUUGUAACAGAGUCACCAUUUUUCAACUUUGUGCAAACAUGGAAAGAUGAUGGAAUUUUGCUUCUUCAUGAGAAAGUUGAUCUUGUUGUUACUCUUGGUGGAGAUGGAACUGUUCUUUGGGCUGCAUCAAUGUUUAAAGGACCUGUCCCUCCAAUUGUGCCGUUUUCUUUGGGUUCCUUGGGUUUUAUGACUCCAUUUCAUAGCCAACACUAUAGAGAAUGCUUGAACUCGAUGCUACAAGGUCCGAUUAGCAUUACACUGAGACAUCGGUUGCAGUGCCACGUCAUCCGUGAAGCGGCUAAAACCGAAUAUGAGACUGAAGAACCGAUUCUUGUUUUGAAUGAAGUUACAAUUGAUCGUGGGAUUUCAUCAUUUCUUACAAAUUUGGAAUGUUAUUGUGAUAAUUCUUUUGUGACAUGCGUACAAGGCGAUGGUUUAAUCCUAUCAACAACUUCCGGAAGCACUGCUUAUUCACUUGCAGCCGGAGGCUCAAUGGUCCAUCCACAGGUUCCUGGGAUCUUAUUCACACCAAUUUGUCCACAUUCGUUAUCUUUUCGGCCUCUAAUAUUACCGGAAUACGUGACACUUAGGAUUCAAGUGCCUUUCAAUAGUCGAGGUCAUGCUUGGGCUUCAUUUGAUGGGAAAGAUAGGAAGCAAUUAGCUCCGGGGGAUGCACUUGUGUGUAGCAUGUCUAUUUGGCCUGUUCCUACAGCUUGUCAAGGGGAUUCCACCAAUGAUUUCUUGCAUAGUAUUCAUGAUGGAUUACAUUGGAAUUUGAGAAAGACUCAAUCGUUUGAUGGACCUCGAGAAUCAUCGUGAUGAUAUGAUAUGUAUGUGGUUUAUUAGGGUUUUUGUAUGUGAUGUGGUGAAGUAGAUUAUAAGGUUUUAUUAAGCAAAUCCGACAAGUCAAAAGUGUAUGUAGUUUAUGGUGUAAUUUUAUGUGGGCAAUGGUAAAAGUGAUAGUUUUGGAUUUCUUAA